GGGAAACUAGACUCCUUGCCUCGCUGAGCGUUUGGGGUAUACUUGGUUGGUGGCGAGGUGAGGCAUAAUCUAUUUUUUAAAACUGCUUUCAGCCUUUUCAGAAUUGCUUUAUUCCCUGAUAAUUUUUAUAAUUAGAAAAGCGAAAUGAUGUCGAGAGAGCAUACCUAUUUUAUUCAAACACAUAGGCGCGUGAACACACACAAGUACAAACAGAGCCUCAAUUUGCAUGUGACGUGUACAGUGUACCUGUGCUCCAUUUGAAUCCUAGAAAGGCAGAAGUGUCCAGCAGAGUAAAGGCUUUGCUGGGAACACAACUGGAGUGAGAGUCAAAGCAGCUGGAUCACAGGGCCAGACCACCACAGUUCACGUGACUGAGGGGAGUGGCCUUGUGUUCUGCGCCACUGCGGGGGCGGAGCCUUCUCUGAGCAGCACCUCUGAGUUCUGCCCUGCCAGUCUUGUGGGAGGAGCUGCAUUUUACCAGGCUGCAGCUGACAAGAAGCGUCAAGCCUUGGUUAAUAUUGGAGGUGCAUGUGGUGUGGGAACUCUGUGUGUGAUUCGACUUGAGCACAGAAAGGCUGUGUAACCACAUACAAGCCCCAUAGGGUGAAAGAUCUGUUGGGAAAUCAACUGGCUUGAGAGUCAAGAUAGUUGGAUCACUUUGCAGGACCAUCACUGUCCACGUGACAGAGGUAUUUUCCAGAGUUCUCUUAUUCAAACAACAUGUUCAAGAAUUCUGGGGACAUAUUUGUGGAAGAAAACAGUGCACAUAAACUAUAGACUCUUUGUGGUUCUAAAUCAAAAGAAACUUUAAUAAGACUGUUGUGAUAGCAUUUGAAUUUGUAGCCACAAGGCCAACCAAUCUUUGUCUGUAACAUUAACUACUUGGCACACUAAUCUAAAUCAUAAUGGAUGGUGAAUAUGUCCUAUGUAAUUGGAAAGAACAAUUAUGGCCAGCAAAAGUCUUAUGUAGGUCUGAAAUUUCAUCAAGCAGUAAAAGGAAAAUGGCAUUUUCCCUGAAAGUUCAAAUACUUUCACUAGAUGAGAAAAUUACCGUGGACAGCAAAGACAUAAAAGUCCUAAGUAAAGCUGAGGUUGAAACCAUUGUGUCCUUACUAGCAGUAGAGUCAGAGGUCAGAGUUCCACCUAGGGAAGAGACAGCCUAUGAAAGAGCACUGAAAAUGGCACUGGAAAUCAUAAGAGAGCGAUCAACUCAGAGCCAAGAAAACAUGCCAAAUGAAGAGGACACCACUGUAGCAUCUGAAAGUGUACCACAACAGCAGGAUGAUUCACCUCCUCCUAAAAAGUAUCGGAAACUUGAAAGCAACCUCCAAGAAGACUCAGCUUCCAUAUUACUGUGCUCCGAGAGUGAUGAUUCCCUAUCUGAUGAUAAAUUGCAGGUGCGCACAGCCAUUGAGAGUAUUGCAAGUGAAAUGGAAACAAAGUCAUCACAAAACUUCAGCUGGUGCCAGACUUACUCUUCAUUUCCGGAUGAUGAGGAUGAUAAAAAAGAAGAAAAGAUAAAGAUUGACAUGUCAGCAUCCAUGUCCAUGAAUUUAUCCAUCAAAGAGGAAGCUGAAGACAUUAAAGAAGAAAAGUUUGUCCCACCAUCAGAUGAUCUCACUGUACCUAAGGAGGAGGCCCAAGAAAUCCCCCUAGAGGCACCAACAGUUUCCGCUGAAUGUUCAAUCUUCCCAGAGAAUAAUAUGGAAGAUCCUGGAGAGGGCCCAUCAAAUCAGAACCCAUGCUUCUAUGGCAGCCAAACUCAAUCUUCUGUGGAAUCAGAAAUAGGUGCUGAGAGUGCCCUUCCAGGGUGCUCAGGGGAAUACCAGGUUUCACUUUCUGCCUGUAAUCCAGUCAAUAGCGAUCUACUACUUCAGAGACUGGAUUUAGAAGAUCUUGAGGAAGAAGCCCGAGCUUCUGGCAAGCUAUUGUCUCUAAAUCCUGCUUGUGCAGCUGCAUUAGAUAAUGAUGAUGAAGAUGAUGAUGAUGAAGACCUCCCUCGCUUCAUUCUCUGCUAUGAGACGCGUGCAUUUGAAACCGGAAUGAUAGUGUGGUUUAAAUACCAGAAAUACCCAUUUUGGCCAGCAGUGAUCAAAAGCAUUAGGCGAAAAGAGAGGAAAGCUAGUGUGCUCUUUGUUGAGGCAAACAUGAGUCCUCAAAAGAAAGGUGUUAGAGUCUCUUUCAGAAGAUUGAAAAAAUAUGACUGUAAAGAGGAAGAGGAUCUAGUAGAGAAAGCUAGGGAGAACUACCGUGAAAGUAUCGAUUGGUGUGUGUCACUCAUCUGUGACUACAGAGUUAGACUAGGCUGUGGUUCUUUUACAGGCUCAUUCUUUGAGUAUUAUGCUGCUGACAUCAGUUACCCAGUCAGGAAAAUAAUCAAACAAGAUACCUUCAGAAACAUAUUUCCAAAGCUACACAAUGAAGACACAGGGGAGCAAAUGGCUGUGACAUCCCACGCCAAGAGAAUAUCUUUCCAGAAAAUACUCCCUGACCGGAUGAAGCCUGCUCGGGACCGAGCUAACAAGAACCUGGUAGAUUUCAUUGUCAAUGCAAAAGGAACAGAGGACCAUCUCUUGGGCAUUUUAAAGGGAACAAAAAAAUCCAAAUGGCUGAAAUCAUUUUUGAAUGCAAAGAGUUUCACACCCUGUAUUGAAACAUACUUUGAAGACGAAGAUCAACUGGAUGAAGUGGUGAAAUAUCUACAAGAAAUCUAUAAACAAAUAGAUCAGAAGAUGCUAACUCUGAUAAAAGAUGACAAAAUUAAGUUUAUCUUGGAAGUUCUUCUACCAGAAGCAAUUAUUAGCUCAAUUUCCGCUGUUGAUGGCUUAGAUUAUGAGGCAGCUGAGGCAAAGUAUCUAAAGGGACCAUCCCUUGGCUGUAGGGAGAGAGAAUUAUAUGAUUCCAAAAUCCUAUUUGAGAAGAGACGGAGGUCCUUAGCAAAUGAAGCUCAUUAGUAUGCCAAGAGUUGAAACCAUAAUGAAAAGUGGAUAAAAAUUUGGAAAAGUAAUCAUCUAAAAUUUCCAGCAUGUAAAUAUUUGCUGAAAAUACAGGGAAGGGUCCUUGAAUCUAAGUUCUUUUAUUUUUUUGAAGAUCGGUGUGAUCUGCAGAUACCACUACAUCCAUCUUUAUUUUCUUGUGCUUUUUCAGAAUCAGCUUUGUCAAUAUAUUUUUAGCAGUUUGAUUUUCUAAUACAUUUUAGAAUGCAUAAUUCUUAAGCGAUUUUAAGGGAAACUACUAUUUUGUUCUAUGAUAUUUUUGUGUCUUUGCUAAAUAGGUAAAUACUGUAUGCACAUUCAGUUUGAUAAAAAUUGCACUGGUGUUAGAUUUUAAGCAAGAGAAUUAGAAAA